ACUCCGGCGUUUUCCGGAGCAUUUCGCGAUACACCCGCCGGCCGGACAUGUCCUUUCCCACGCACGCGAAGACCGGUGACUCGCGAGCAGGCAACAUUCGGCACCGCGCGCGUUAUUCACGAGGCAGCAGAGGCGCGUCUGUUCCGACGCGGCGGCAGGAACGAGCGCAUAGACAGGGAGGAGUUGGUAGCGCGUCGUGCACGGGGAUGGCAGAUGGGUUCGAAGGAUGCUGCAGACUGCAUGCGUUGCACCGUUUAGUGACAUGUUAAUUGCAACUGGUGGGCGUUAAGGCUAAGGAACUGCGACCGUAACACACACGAAACGUCUGCAGAUGUCGCAUUCACGGAGUGAGUGAUCAGUCCACCGAAAUGCAUUCGCAUUGCAAAGGAACGGAGCUCGACGGCGAAGAGUACCACUAGAAAAGCCCUCAGACAUGGAGUAAGUAAAGGUCAAGGAUAUCAGAACGAAUAAUCCCGUGAGCACAACGACACAGACUUGCUGAUGUCUAAGGGCGAUUUGAAUGAUAGGAAGAAUUAAUUGUGCUGAUCAAAGCAUCUUUUCUGACCGGAUAAUUCAGUGUUUUUCAUUAUGAAGUAAUUUAGUCGAAGACUUAAGACUUUUUGAGUUGGAGUCCCAAACGAGAAGCAAUAUGAUGUGCGAAGUGAUGCCAACUAUUAAUGAAGGGGACUCGAUGAGUUCCCAGAGAGGUUCUCAAAACGGCUCGGAUCAAGAGUCCAAUUUUGAACAGCUGAUGGUGAACAUGUUGGACGAGAGAGACAAGCUUCUGGAAUCUUUACGUGAGACACAAGAAGCUUUGAUCCAGUCCCAGACCAAGCUUCAGGACGCUCUUCACGAGAGAGACACUCUUCAGCGGCAGAUCAGCUCCGCUCUGCCGCAGGAGUUUGCAACGCUGACAAAGGAGUUGAAUACAUGCCGUGAGCAACUUCUGGAGAAAGAGGAGGAGAUCUCAGAACUUAAAGCAGAGAGGAACAACACCAGGCUCCUGCUGGAACAUUUGGAGUGUUUGGUAUCCCGUCACGAACGUUCUCUGAGGAUGACUGUGGUGAAGAGACAGGCUCCUCCUCCGUCCGGUGUCUCCAGCGAGGUUGAGGUUCUGAAGGCUCUGAAGUCUCUGUUUGAGCACCACAAGGCCCUGGAUGAGAAGGUGCGUGAGCGGUUGCGUGUGGCUCUGGAGAGGGUGACUACCCUGGAGGGGCAACUGGCUGCCACCACUCAGGAGCUCACUGUGGUGAGACAGGAGAAAGAGAAACAGACCGACGGGAAUGCUAAGGACAAAGUGGACGGCUCCAAGCCAACCUGGAAGAGGCUGCCCAAUGGCUCCAUCGACGUCCACGACGAGGCCAGCCGCGCCGUGGAGCUACAGGAGCUCCUGGACAAGGCCAGCAAGGAGCUGGCGGUGAGCCGAGAUCGAGCCGGGGCCCUGAGCGCCCGCGUGAGUGAGCUGGAGGGCGAGCUGGCCGGCGUCCGCAAGGAGCUGCUGAAGACCGAGGAGCUCAGCGCCAAGCACCAGCGGGACAUCCGCGAGGCAAUGGCACAGAAAGAGGACAUGGAGGAGAGAAUCACAACGCUGGAGAAGCGCUACCUGGCCGCCCAGCGGGAGACCACCUCCAUCCACGACCUGAACGACAAGUUGGAGAACGAGCUGGCCAACAAGGACUCGCUCCAUCGGCAGAGCGAGGAGAAGGUGCGGCAUUUGCAGGAGCUGUUGGAGCUGGCAGAGCAGAGGCUACAGCAAACCAUGAGGAAGGCGGAGACCCUGCCGGAGGUGGAGGCAGAACUGGCCCAGAGAGUGGCUGCCCUCACCAAGGCUGAGGAGCGCCAUGGCAACAUCGAAGAACGCCUUCGUCAGCUGGAGUCCCAGCUGGAGGAGAAGAACCAGGAACUGGGCCGGGCUCGGCAGCGGGAGAAGAUGAACGAGGAGCAUAACCGGCGCCUGUCGGACACUGUAGACCGCCUGCUCACAGAGUCUAACGAACGCCUGCAGCUACAUCUGAAAGAGCGCAUGGCAGCACUGGAGGACAAGAAUGCACUCAUCCAAGACCUGGAGAAUUCCCAAAAACAGCUGGAGGAGUUCCAUCACUCCAAGGAGAGACUGAUAGGGGAGAUUGAGAAGCUCAGGGCUGAGAUCGAUCAUUUGAAGAGGAGGAGCGGGGCUUUCGGAGAUGGAACACACCCUCGAUCGCACAUGGGUAGUGCCACGGACCUGCGUUUCUCUGUGGUGGAGGGGCAAAGCGAGCCGUAUGCCACUCCGGGGGUGAUUAGGCGGACACAGAAGGGGCGGUUGGUAGCACUUCGGGAUGAACCCACAAAGAUCCUGGCCAUGGUGGAGCAGGACUGGGACCGAUCCCACCCCAGUAGCCUCCGUGCAAGCCGCACCCACCUGCUGGGCAGCGACUCGGAGCUCUCGGACCUGGACGACGAGGAGCGCGAGACCACGUUCAGCUCGGCGGACAUGCUGUCCCCCAGCGGACACUCGGACGCGCAGACGCUGGCCCUCAUGUUGCAGGAGCAACUGGACGCCAUCAAUGAGGAGAUCAGGAUGAUCCAGGUGGAGCGGGAGUCGGCCGAGCUGCGGGCGGACGAGAUUGAGAGCCGCGUGAACAGCGGGAGCAUGGAUGGCCUCAACGUGACCCUGCGGCCGCGCUCGUCCAUGCCCAGCUCCGUCACGGCCCUCUCGCUGGCCAGCUCCUCUCCGCCGAUCAGCGGCCGCUCCACGCCCAAGACGGCCUCACGAUCCGCCGCCCACGAGCUGGGCAUCAUGACUCUGCCGAGCGAUCUAAGGAAACACCGCAGGAAAGUCGCUUCUCCAGUGGAGGCCAGGGAGGAUAAAGCCACUAUAAAGUGUGAGAUGUCACCCCCAUCUUCCCCACGCAGCCUUAGACUGGAUCAAAUGAACUUCGCCCAGCUCACGGGAAGCCUGGAAGAUGGACGAGGAGGCAGUAAAAAGAAGGGCAUCAAAUCCUCCAUCGGCCGACUCUUUGGCAAGAAGGACAAGGGCCAGCCGCUGAGUAAGGACGGCCAGGUGACCCCGCCUGUCAUUCCAGAUUUUGAGAUGGGGAUCGGAGACACCAUGACCCUGGGCAAGCAAGCCGAGAGGGACCGCCGGAUGAAGAAGAAACACGAACUGUUGGAGGAUGCCAGAAGGAAAGGUCUGCCAUUUGCUCAGUGGGACGGUCCUACUGUGGUCUCCUGGCUUGAGCUAUGGGUGGGCAUGCCCGCGUGGUACGUGGCCGCAUGCCGCGCCAAUGUUAAGAGCGGCGCCAUUAUGUCCGCCCUGUCCGACACGGAGAUCCAACGAGAGAUCGGCAUCAGCAACCCCCUGCAUCGCCUCAAGCUCAGGCUCGCCAUCCAGGAGAUGGUGUCACUCACCAGCCCCUCUGCCCCCCUCACCUCACGCACAUCCUCCGGAAACGUGUGGGUGACUCACGAGGAAAUGGAGAACAUGGCAACUUCCACCAAAGUGGAAAACGAGGAAGGGAGCUGGGCGCAGACGCUGGCGUACGGAGACAUGAACCACGAGUGGAUCGGGAAUGAGUGGCUCCCCAGCUUGGGUCUGCCCCAGUACCGCAGCUACUUCAUGGAGUGUCUGGUGGACGCGCGCAUGCUGGACCACCUCACCAAGAAGGACCUGCGCACACACCUGAAAAUGGUGGACAGCUUCCACAGAGCCAGUUUACAAUAUGGCAUCAUGUGCUUGAAGAGACUCAACUACGACAGGAAAGAGCUUGAAAGAAGGAGAGAGGAAUGCCAACACGACAUCAAAGAUACCCUGGUGUGGACCAAUGACCACGUGAUGGCCUGGGUGCAGACCAUCGGCCUGAAGGAGUACAGCAACAACCUGCUGGAAAGUGGUGUGCACGGGGCCCUCGUCGCCCUGGACGAGAUGUUUGACUUCAGCAGUCUGGCCCUCAUCCUGCAGAUCCCCAUGCAGAACACCCAGGCCAGACAGAUCCUGGAACGGGAGUUCAAUAACCUAUUGGCCCUGGGGACCGACAGGCGUCUAGAGGAGAGCGACGAUAAGUCUUUCCGGAGGUCCCCGUCGUGGAGGAAGCGUUUCCGGCCGCGGGAAGGCCAAGGCCUGGGAAUGAUGCCUGGCUCCAUGGAGACGCUGCCCGCGGGCUUCCGUCUGACCACCAUGUCCAUCCCCUCUUCCGUGGCCGCCAUGCACAGGAAACAGCUGCAGCCGGAAGGCUCCACCGCACGAAGCACUUCUGCCGCAGAUAUAAGGAUGCGUUGCAUUCCCACUACCUGUAUGGACACGAGCUCCCAGCCUUUCGGGAAUGAUGUGCCAAACUCUCCAUGGUGGGAGGGGUUUCCUGGCUCCUCCUCCUGCCCACCAAAACCAGUGUUCUCCAUGGUGGGAGGGGUUUCCUGGCCCCUCCUCCUGCCCACCAAAACCAGUGCUCUCCAUGGUGGGAGGGGUUUCCUGGCUCCUCCUCCUGCCCAAUGAAACCAGUGCUUUCAUGGACAUCGUGCAAUACAAGGGGAACAAGACAACAGCAGCAGCAACAACAGCAAACAAAACAAAAUUAAUCUAAAAAAACGACUAAACUUGGAACCGACACACGUUUGUUGCGUAGCUGCUUUGAGAUGAGAUAUGUCGUCACGUCAGGCACUUCCCAGUAACCACAAGUUAUUUAGUCAUUGUGCUGGUUGUUUUCAAUUGGUGUACUUGGCUCCUAGUCUGUCGGUUCUAGUCUACUUCCUUGGGUGUGUUGAUUGCAAUUUACUAUGUAAGGGUUCCCCUUACUGGUUAUGCAAGAUAUUCAAUGUCUCUUUAUGUAUAUAAAAUGAAGUAUAAUAUCUUUUUUUAUAGAACACACCCACGCACAUUUACACACACACACGCACACACACACACACACACACACACACACACACACACACACACACAUAUAUAUACACACAUAUAUGGAGAGUUGUAUAUGGUUGUAAAUCAUGACUGUAUGAAUACUGAAAAUCUGUCUCAGUUGUGACUGUUUUUGUUUGUUUAAACUCUUUGUCUGGUAGCUGACUAAAACCUGUAGCCACUGUUUUAGAUGGUGUUGGUGAAAGUUGCCCUUUCACGCUGACCUGAGACCAGUUUUGCUAUUAUUCUUAUAAAUGUGAAUAUUAAGAUCUGGCUAGUGGAGAGUUGGGCCAGAUCUGUGCCUAAGGGCUGCAGAAUCAGCAGUAUUUCAAAACCCCAGUUUGUGUUUGCCAUUACCUCAGCAGUGCUCGUCCACACGAGUUCAUUGUAAAUACACAAAGCAAAGAGGCGUUAAUGAGCUCAGUAGUAACGAAGCCCCCCAUAUCUGAGAAAAGCUCACAAAUCCAGACAUGUACUAUGGCAACAGUGAAAACAAUAGACAUCCAUCAUCACCAAGCCUACAGCAAAGCCUUAUACACAAAUGCAGCAAAAUGCUCUGCACUUGAGCUUGAGCUCGUGUUCAGAUUCCUGGAGAGAAACGUUGAGUGUGCUGCUGAAAUGAAAGUGUUUGCAGACACUCUACCCCACCAUCGCAAUCUCAAUCCCUUUAGAAACUAAAAAGUGUUCUGCAUUAACUAAUCACACUGGCAAAAUGUUGUGAAUGCGUAUAGCUCAAACUUUGGUUCUAUAUGUUUUUAUUUAUUCAACUGGUUGGUUGGUUUUGUUUUGUUUCGUUUUGUUUACAAGAGAAGUUCAGUGUGCCUCUGCAGCAGCUAUUUUACUUAUGUAUGUAUGUAUGCAUGUGUGUGUGUGUGUGUGUGUGUGUGUGUGUGUGUGUGUGUGUGGAUAUGGAUAUGUAUUUUAACUGUGUAUGUAUGGAAGUAUACCAUAUGUAUAUGUAUUUGAUUCCAAGCCUGUCACAAUGCUGGUUAUUUGAGCCUUUUUCACCUAAAAAGUGCUAUAGAACACCAUGAAGAACAGUGAAUAUGUGAGACUAAACAAAUCACUUUGCCCCAAUCAUCAAAUUAAUAUAAUAAACGAUGGUACGACAUAUGUCAUAGCAAGGUCA